CCGACCCGCUCCUUUUCUCACUUCAUGCCCUCACAAUUUCUUAUCAGUUAACCACGCUACUUCUACUUCCUCCUCUCCAGCCAUGGAAUUCACCUUUGUGUUUUCCGUUUUCGCUUUCUUUGUUUUUGUUUUUUCCCUCUUCCAUUUCCUCUUCAAUUUCUUAUCUCCCAAUCGAGGGAAUUCCCCUCUCCCACCAGGGUUAGUGGGUUUGCCCUACAACGGUGAAACUUUCCAGCUUUACUCUCAAAACGCAAACGUGAUCUUAGCCUCAAAGCAGAAAGCGUAUGGGUCGGUUAUCAAGACCCACAUAUUGGAUUGUCCUUGUGUGAUGCUUUCAAGAUCCACUUAUCCUCCCGGGGCAUACCCUCCCCCUUGUCGAGGAUACCCCCUACCUCCUCAAGGAUACCCCCCACCUCCUCAAGGUUAUCCACCUCACGGGUAUGCACCACCGCAAGGCUACCCACCAUCAGGGUAUCGUCCUGGUGCAUACCCUCCCCCUCGUCGAGGAUACCCCCCACCUCCUCAAGGAUACCCCCCACCUCCUCAAGGUUAUCCACCUCACGGGUAUGCACCACCGCGAGGCUACCCAGCAGGGGGUUAUCGUCCUGGCGCAUACCCACCUGCUGGUUUCCAGGGCGCAACACAAUCAGGGCAUGGUGGUGUUGAAGCGAUGAAUGCUGGGGGUGCUGGUACCACUGAAGCUGCUUAUGGGCCUCAUCAUUUCGCGCAUGGUGGUUUGCACUACAUGGGAAGUUCAAGUUCAAGCAUGGUGGGAAGUUCAGGCAUGGUGGGAAGUUCAGGCAUGGUGGGACGCUCAAGCACGGAAAAUUUAAGCGCGGAAAGCAUGGAAUGUUUGGUGGGAAGUUCAAGUUCAAGCAUGGUGGGAAGCUCAAGCACGGAAAAUUUAAGCGCGGACAGCAUGGAAUGUUUGGAGGGAUAUUCAAGUGGUGGAAAUGAUAGGCUUUCUGAUUCGUGAAGUUUUAAGAAUCUCAGAUUGUGGUUUCGAUGAAUAAUUAUCUCAUAUUCUGGUUUCUGUUAGAAAAUAAGAAAUAGCAUAAGAAGAAAAGGUGUGACCUCCAAAGCAGUCAAUACCGUAUUGGUAUGCGUAUCGAUUUUGCUAUUGUAACGGUACGUACUGGAUACCGAAAUUUUUCGUGUACCAUUUCGGAUUUAUCGCUAUAAAUAUAUAUUUUUAUA